AACUGUCUUUCACCACGAGUGCACGCAUUGCCCUGUUAACUUUAACUCUGUCAAAAUGUCAGAAGAAGAGACGUCAGAAGAAACGGCAAAAACAAAUUUGGAAAUUCAAAUAACUGCAAAACGUGGACAUAACCUGUACGGAAAGAAGACAGACAGUCUGCAGAGUUUUCUGCAGGUUGAGCUGGAUGGGGUGAUGCUGGGAGAGUCACAAAAGAAACACGCCAACCUGUUGGAACACGCUGUUGAUUACGACUUCACCUGCAGAUUUGAUCCACCGAAGGACGCCCAGGCUUUCAGUAUCAUAGCCCAAAAGCCAAUCACGUUUACACUGAUGGAAGUCCUGAGUGAGGGAAAAAGAGGAGAUGUGAAAACAGUGGUGCUCGGCCAGGCUGUGGUUGACCUGUUUCCCCUAUUGCAAGGUCAGCGCAACCUUUCAUGCACGGUCCCAGUCCAUCCCCUGAUCAGUCCCGGGAUUAAAGAAUCUCGGCUGGGAUUCAACCGAAAGCAACCAACCCUGGAUGUUUGUAUCAGUGUGUUGGAUCCACUCCUGUCUGAAGCUGAGCUCUCAGCCUGUACUUUCAUGAAGGUAACUGUUGAAACAGCGUAUUCUCUGCCCGACUCAUGGACGCUGCCGCCGGGAUUAGCUCCCAGCCCCUUCACACACGCCGCUGCCCUCGAGGUUCCUCUAACUGCAGAUCAAGAUCAAGUGCUGAUGUUCUGUGAAGGACAGCUGAAGGCAGGGGGCCAGAGGGAGCUCAAAGGGCGCCAGAGAAAGAGGCCCCAUCAGGCCUUGUUGGUGCCAGGGAACCACUUUUUACCUGAAACCUUUUUCCAACCAGAGCCCAUUGAACACGAGGAUGGAGAGCUAACUGGUUUAGAGGACCGGUCGUUUCGCAAUGAGGCAGAGAUUUCAAAGAACAGGGUGAGCUGGGACACAGAGGCGCGAUGCUUCCUGGAUGCCGGUGGUGCUUCCAGAUUGCAGCAGAAAAUCAGAGAGAGCCGACUGUGGCCAGUGGAGAUAAUGAGGUCCUCAGUUCCACUAGCAAAGCUGGGUGACCGUGAGGACAACCCAGAGAUCCCCUUCCAUGGUUUGGCUUUUGUUGACAUGGGGCGGUUGUUGUAUCCUGGAAUCUCUCGCAUCCGAGGAGCGUACACCGUUCAGCCAUUCUAUGAGACCGAGCUGCUGAACAAGACCAAGCGAAGAGUCAGCGUGUUAAAGGCGCAGGCGAAGGCAGCAGCCAUACAGGCAAAGGCUCGGGCCGCCUCGGCUGCAGGAAGUCACAAGAAAGGAUGGGAUGGAAGCAACAAGGGAUCCAAAGAUCACAAAGAGCCAGCUAAAAAGCAAACUGUCAGCCAGAACAGGCAGCCUGCAGCGGACGGCUCCCAUGAAAGCUUGUCUGACACUGAGAUCCCAGUCAAUGUAGAAGGAAAUAUGUACGUUGACGCCAAAACGUAUAUUAUCAUUGAGAUAGCCUUGAAUAAACCACUGGUACCAAAAACAUCCCCCGAGGAACUGGCUCAAAGGGUGCAGGCACUGAUCCCUCCCAGAUCCCAACAUCUGGCCGGUCCUAGCCGAGCAGAAAGAGCCGUGCUGGACUUCCACAGGCAGGUAGGCAACACAGCGGCUGCUGUCUCUGAGCAGUAUGUCGAACUAUUUGGAGCGAACUGCAAGCUGCCUGAAAGCCUUAGCCAAGAACAAAUGUUGGCCGAGGUGAUGGGAGGCCUCAAUGUCUCUGGAAGAUAUUUUACCUUCAAGGAGGAGAUGAAGAGGGCAGUGGUCAGGAUUGUCCGUGACAAGAUGAAGCGGACAGAGCCUUUCACUGACCCUCAAGAGAUAAAAGAAUUUGUCAGCAAGCUCUACGUCUACCUGGUGGAUGAAACGCAUGUGGCUCUCAGCAAGAUUUCGUCCAGCGAGGUGCAAGAAGACUGCAUAGAUGAAACGAAGUUUGAAUCAUGUCAGCUGAGACAUUUUGCUAAAGAGGCACAAUCUACUGGAAAUUAUCAGCAGGCGGCUCAGUACUACCAAGAGCUAAUGGUGAGGCACCCUGAUGAGCCUUCGUACAAGUUUGAGUGGGGAAGCCUGUACAUGUUGAUGGGGGACUACAUGAAAGCUAAAGAGUGUUACCAUGAGGCCGUGUCCACCCAGCAAACACACCAACCCAGCCUGAUGAUGUGUGGGGUUGUGGCCGUGAUGUUUGAGCGCUACGAAGAAGCCCGGACCUUCCUGGAGCGAGCCACCAGCAUAGACCCGCCCAGUGUGGUGGCCUGGACGCUGCUGGGUUUGCUCCAUUUAACUCUAAAUGAAGCCGUCAUGUCUGAGAGAGCAUUUCUGGAGGCCAAAACGCUACUCGGAGAAGAGGAGACAAACAAUGAAAAAAAUGUAGACGACGAGAAGAAACACGCUGGGGACGGCGUUAAAGAAGUGAAGGUCCAGCAGGAUGAACAGGAGACGGAUCCUCUUGCACAGCCUCUCACAGCUGAGGAAGACGCAGAGUUCUCAUUCCAGGACUCAGAGGAGCACAGAGAGCCGUCAGCACAGAACGAGAGCGCCAAGCCAGCUCCAGUUAAACCCACCCGUAGCAUUUUCACGCACACAGUGCAGUUCUUGCUGCAGAACAAUGCCCUACAGAUGGCAGAGUAUGCUUUGUCCCAAGAGCUGCUGUGUCCUGAAGGAGGCUGCGGCGUUGCCUACCUUUUCAACCUGGCCCAGUUGCAGCUGCUCAAAGGUGACUACAGCAGUGCUGCCGGCAGCCUGGAAGAGGCGCUGCGUUACAGAAACCAGAACCCGGAUGCCUGGGCCCUGAAAGGUCACUGUCACUACCUGCAAGGGGAGUUUACUGAAGCCCGGGAGAGUUAUGAGUGGAGCCUGGUCUUUCCACAAGCACCCUCAGAAUCUCACAUUGUUCUGCCCCGCCUGGGAUCCGUCUACCUUAUGGAGAAUAAAUUUGAGCGAGCUAAAGAGGUCUUCCUACAGGCGUGUGAGCAAUCCCCAUCUUGCCUGACCUGGUUGGGCCUCGGCAAAGCCUGCUACAGGUUGGAGGAGCUUUGUGUCGCUGAGGAAGCUUUAGCUGUGGCCACUCGUUUGAAUGCAGCAAACGCAGAGGUGUGGGCUUACCUGUCUUUACUCAGCCUCAAGUCGGGGAGACCAGAAGAGGCAGAUCAGUUUCAUAACUACGCAAUCAGAUUCGGCCUGCAGGAGCCGUCCCUCCUCAGAGAGAUCAGCGAGCUAAAGGAUCAGAUUCGAAUGAGUCAAUUGACAUCAUGCUUCAAAAGAAGUGUUGAAGCAGAGGUUUAAACUGUUCAUCCAAACACAUUUUAUAGAUCUGCAUUAGCCAUGUAUUUCAAAUAACACUUUAUUGCAUCUUUACACUGGAAUGUCCUAAAAUAAAACAAAUUAAUAUGUUAAGAAGAUGGUUGAUCAAGCCAUAAACAUUCAACUCAGAGAUGCACAAAUAAUCUUAAAUGCAUAUAAAAUAAAAGGAUUGUUUUGUUGUUGUUGUUUUGUGUUGUGUUUUUAAAAGGACUGUAGCAAAAAAAUAAAAGACAAAAAUGUAGUUGCAGAAUAUUAAAUAACAAGU